GAGAUGUGGCUGACAAUGCAUUUUACAUGAUUCAAUUCUUUGACGGCGCUGGACACGGACAGCGCGUGCUCGACCUUUGUUCAAUACACAACCGCCCUGUCCGUCCGCGUUCUCCGUCCCUACGCGCGAAAGCAUCCAACUUCCUAGCCUUUGGCCUCUCGUCGCUGCAGCUGCUUGUUGCUGCAGCCCUGAGCUGGUGCAACGGCGCGCUCGAGACCGCAUACCGAUACCGAGAACCUGCCUCGUGGGCAUUGGAUACACCCGCGGCAUCCAGCAUGGCGGCCCCUCGUGUCAAGGCUGAGCCGAGCAUCAAGCCCGAGCCUACCAUCAAGGCUGAACCCGACGAUGCCGGAGUCUCGCCCGCAGCCAUGUCCGAAGACGACAUCUACGAGGACGCCGGUGACCUCGAGUUCUACGACCCCAAUGAUAUUCACGCCGGCUCCGUCUACUUGACCCACGUGCCUAAGUAUCUGUACGAUGCCUGGUCGCACCUGGACGACGACGCCGAGAUAAGGAUCGGUACGGUACGCCAGUGGAACGAGCCUGGCCAGAAUGGUCAAAUGAAGCAACGUAUUUCGAUGCUCAUAGACCAUCGGAUCUCUCAGCAUCAAUCGGUUCCCAAGGAGUACAACCUCGACGUCAAAGACAUGCAACUCACGAAUACCUUCCUGUUCACCGAGCAAGACCUCCCCGGGUACAAAUCCAAGUCCCAGGGCGUGAAGAGCGACAUUCCUGCAUUUCUCCGUCCGAAGCCGGAGCGCCCCCGUGAGGAAAAGAAGCCAGAGGAAAAUAACAAGGGCGGCCGCAAGGGACGGUAUCAGCCUUACUACCGGAAGGCCAUCCCUAAAAAGACGGUUCUUGCCGGGAGAUUCCGUCACGAGUUAAACUGCCAGCCCGUCUGGACCGAGGAAACGAAGCAUCUUCUGAGCAUCAGAAACACUGAUGCCAUGAAGCCCAGGGCGACUACCACGCUUACGUCCGCCGCCAAGCCUACCGGCCUCAUCCAGGCUGGUGCGCAUGUUUCCAACGAUAAAUUCGGUAAUUUCAUCCGCGCUGCUGCUCCCGAGACGAAGAAGGCCAAGAAGCAGGGACUAGAGAAGACGACUCGUUUGCCGAAGAGCGAGCUGCGCGACCAGCUCUUCAAGUGUUUCGAGAAGUACAGUUACUGGCCGAUGAAGGCCUUGAAGCAGACGCUGCAGCAGCCAGAGGCCUGGCUACGCGAAAAUUUGGAGGAAGUGGCGGUCCUGCACAAGACGGGAAGCUUUGCCAACCAUUGGGAGCUUAAUCCGGACCACAAAGCGGCGCUCAACAUCCUGGGAGUCGAAGAUGCCGCGCCAGAUGACGCUCCGGAAGGAGACGAAUCCGAAGAGGAGGAGAUGGAAGAUGUUGUCCCUACAUGAGAGGGACGGGAGCAAGCAUCUGGUGGUGAGUAUGAAUAGAGGAACUUUCCAGGGCUUAGGGCAUAGAAAAAGGAGUUCGGGCCGUUUUUAUAGGCCACAUAAUGUUUUCGGCCACAUGAUAUAUUCCGGACUGCUUUCAUGUAUGAUUAAUGAUACCCUCGGCACCACACACCACAAUCAGGACUGAGGCUUGGCGGUCAUCAACUGGUAGAAACUUCAACAAGCAGCGUUAAAGGCGUAUGCAUAUAUGCUCCUAAGGACGAAGCGUCCCGGUA